GUACAUUUUGAAAUGAAAUUAUUACAUAUAAUGAAAAAAAAACACUACUGUAAAAUAUAUUUUUUUCAAUUCAUAAGCAUACAUAUUGCAUCUUUGAUUAUACCAUACCAACUACGUCUUUGGAUAAGAUUUAAAUCUGUAACUUUUUCAUUUGGGCACCAUUACCUACGAACGUGGCCUUUCCAACAGCUUAUCCUAUCAAAAAAAUAAAAUGGAAUAAGGGGUUUUUGCAGGGGAAUCUAACCCGUAUUGGAUCGAUCAUGGUUACAUUGUACAUCCAAUUGCCUGAACGGGCAGUUCCCUCACGAUGUUUACCUCAGUGUAACAGCAUUAAUUAGUAUUCAAAUUAAUGCACAUAACUUCGGAAAUAGUCAUUGGUACGUGGUCGAGGCGGGAUUUGAACCUAUGCCUUUUUGCAUUACCUGCAUUUUAACCGGGCCUGCGCCUAAACCUAAACGAGUUGAUCAUCUACGCUCUGAAAUUGUUACAUACUAAUUAUUAUUCUGGCGUUAUUCAAAUCAAGUUAAAUCAAGAAUCCGCACUUCACUACCGUGUUAGUGGCAUAAGCAAUAAAAAAAAUAUUGUCUGUCACGUCCGCUGUCGCUGUCAGUUUUGUUUUGUUCUGUUUGACAUUGUCAGUCUGUGCAUCUUUUAAAUAGGAAUUUGAAACGUAUUUUUCUGAAGUUUUUGUUUUGUGCUUUCUAUUAAACUACUUAUUUAAAUAGUUCUACUUCAAAAAAUAUUCAUAAUUGUACAUAUUUCAACAAGCAGCUUAUACCAGUUAUUACUUUUCAGGAUGCCUUACGAACGCAAUACUCAAACGCAGGACACCAUAAAACGAGAAAUAAAAGCCUUACAAGCCCGGUGCGUCGAUACAUACAAUGUAAUAGAUAAUUCGCCUUCCGAUAUACCAUAUAUAACGCCAGAAAACGCUAACGAAAAGGCGCUUUGUUACAUAGAAGGUUUGAAAUCAGAGAUUGAAAAUUCGAAUACGCCAAUUACCACCGAUGAUAAUUUGCUUACCAGCCAGUUUUUGAAUGAAAUCAAGGAAAAAACUAAACAGGUUGAGGAAUUAGCCGCUUACACGAAAGGGGCUAUUCAUGAUGUAGAAAAUGAAAUAAAUAGGUUAAACACGCUGAUACAAACGGCACAAGAAGUUAAAUCCCGGCCGGCAACAAGAACGCAGGAAGUUAAGCCGGAGCACCUGCAGAAAGCUAAGGAGAGGUUCAAAACAAUGAAGACGGAACUCCAUGGACUGCUCGCCUCCUUGUUUCCAAACAGUUCAGAAGAAAUUCAAGGUGUACUUGGGAUUCUUAUGGCAGAGAGGCUAAACGAAAACUCGAAUGGAUAUGUUCCGGUCACCACAGAGAAUUAUAAAAUUAUGGAGUUGCUAAAAGACCUAAAUAUUGUAACCGCCAACCCUUACAACAAUAUGGAGAUCAAGAUGGCUUAUUAGAAUUAAUCCAAUCUCAUCUAGUAUAGGUCUUAGCCUUUUAUUUAUACUUAUUUUAAGACUAGCAUUUGCUCGCAGAUUUGUCCAUUUAAUUUAUGUUUAACACAAAUCACAUGCAAAUAGAUUUUUCUCGGAUACAAACUAUGUUCCAUUCAGUACUCACAAAUAUUUUUUAUUAUGAUUGAUCAAGUAUAGGUGAUGUGUGAAAAGGAGACAAAUAAAUACACUUGUCUUGUAUAUAUUUUUCUAACAUUUUUUUAACGAGGCUUUAAUUGCUUUGCUAUUUCAGCCUCAUAGGGAACUUCCCAGGAAAAAUCUGUUAUCCCACAAAGAUAUAUGCUUUUUGCAACAUCACAGCUGUGUUAAAUGUUCUUCUUAAAGUUUCUACAGAUUAUAGAUUAUGUUUUAUUAAAGUGGAGAAUACAUUCAGAAAAUCAUUGUGAAGUAUAUUUGUAAGUGUAGUCAUAAAAUGGACCAAAUAUUUUAAUUUUUUUCAAAUAAAUAUUUUAUUGAAUCCAUAUUUUUUUAUUUUUCAUAAGUGCCUGAUAAAAUAUAAAAUCUUUGCAGUCUUAUACACCACCAACUUAAAGUUUUUCUGUUUAGUCAGCUGGUUGACUGGUAGAGAAUGCCAAACGGCAUUAAGUCCGCCUUAUGUACCUUUUUUUUGCAACAAAGUUUUAAAUAAAUAAAUUGUAGUCAUUGAACAACCCUGUAAGAAGUAACACUAUAAUAAUUUUUAUA